GCUCGUCUUCGCACGGUCGCUCGAAACGGAAGAAAAAGAAAAAGCACUCGCUUAAAACUUUUGCCCUAGCUUCUCGCCCCUGCCUCCGCCCCCAUCCCUUCCCCUCCCCCUUCCCUUCCGGCCGCUCGCCGAUCGCCGUCGGAAGCCCCGGCAGGGCCACACGGCGCUCGACGUCGAGGAUCGGGUUCUUUAGAACCCUCCUCGCCCGGGGCCGCGCACCGCUCGCCAUCGGAACGCCCCGCGAGGCCGAGCAUCGGAAGUUCGGAACCACCCCGGCCGCGCGCCGCUCGCCAACGGAACCCCCGCGAGGCCGAGCAUUGGAAGCUCGGAACCACCACUGCCGCGCGCCGCUCGCCGCUCGCCACCGGAACCCCCCGCGAAGCCGAGCGCUGCUCACCAUCGGAAGUUUGGAACCACCCCGGCCGCGCGCCGCUCGCCACCGGAACCCCCCGCUUCGCCGCGCGCCACUCGCAAUCUGCUUCCGAGUCCCGCUGUCCCACUGCCGCACGCCCACUUCAUCUGUUUCCCUUCACAACGGGAGAGAGUCAAGUGGUGUGGGAGGCCUACGCUUUUAUUUUGUGCACCGGCGAGAAUGGCGGACCUUGCAACUAAAGGCAGAUGGAGAGAUGUUGACAAACUUCUCUCUAGGCCGGGCAACAUCAUCUCUAGUGGUUUUGAACCUAGCUCUACUCUACGAGAAGAAAUCGGGGAAUAUGUUAGGGUUUUGGUAGUGGGGGCUGGUGGGCUAGGCUGCGAACUGCUCAAGGACCUGGCUCUAUCAGGGUUCAAAAACAUCGAUGUUAUAGAUAUGGACACAAUUGAGGUCUCCAACCUUAAUCGUCAGUUCUUAUUCAGGCUUCAAGAUGUUGGGAAGUCCAAAGCAGAGGUAGCAGCAAAGCGCGUUAUGGAAAGAGUUAGUGGGGUGAAUAUUGUACCUCAUUUUUGUAGGAUUGAGGAGAAGGACAUAGAAUUUUACAAUGAUUUCAAUAUUAUUGUCCUUGGUCUUGAUUCAAUUGAGGCUCGCAGUUACAUAAAUUCUGUGGCUUGUAGUUUCCUAGAGUAUGAUCGUGAUGACAAUCCCCUAGCUGAGACAGUUAAACCUAUGGUAGAUGGCGGAACUGAAGGUUUUAAAGGUCAUGCUAGAGUUAUAUUGCCAGGGACCACGCCUUGCUUUGAGUGCAACAUUUGGCUUUUCCCUCCACAGGUGAAGUUUCCAUUGUGCACCCUAGCAGAGACACCAAGAACUGCUGCCCAUUGUAUUGAAUAUGCACAUUUGAUUAAAUGGGAUGAGGUACAUAGUGGGAAACCGUUCGAUGCUGAUGAUCCGGAGCAUAUGCAAUGGGUUUACUCAGAGGCUCUAAAAAGAGCUGAGCUUUUUGGCAUUACUGGAGUUACAUAUUCUUUGACUCAGGGGGUUGUGAAGAAUAUAAUUCCUGCCAUUGCUUCUACAAAUGCAAUAGUUUCCGCUGCUUGUGCUUUAGAAGCUUUGAAGAUUGUAUCUGGAUGCAGCAAAACUUUGUCCAAUUAUCUCACGUACAAUGGUGUUGAAGGAACUCAUAUAAAAGUUACUGAUUUUGUCAAAGACAACGAUUGUUUAGUAUGUGGACCUGGCACUCUUAUUGAGCUAGAUACUUCUGUUACUCUUUCACAGUUCAUCGAGUUACUGGGGAAACAUCCUGGGCUUCAACUGUCGAAACCCAGUGUCACUCACCGUGGCAACAACUUGUACAUGCAGUCACCGCCGAUAUUGGAGGAGAUGACUCGACCGAAUCUUGCUCUACGUAUGUUUGAUCUCUUGGGCGAAGUUCCCAAGGACACUGUCCACGUCAGCGGUGCUUCUGAGAAGAACGGGAAGAAAACAUCUUGCUCGCGGAAACUUCGAAUCGUAUUUAAAGGGGUUGCUGAUAUGACUGUAGGCAUGGAUACAACCGGUAACUAAUGAAUGUUUACCUCGUCCAGAAACAGUAGGUAUCAAUUGAAAAUUUCUCACGUGAUGCUUGCUUUUAUAGCCCGUAACAAUAUAGUCCGUGAUGCUUUUGGAAUCAAAUAUAGGUUUGGAAAUUUCUAUCCAUUUCCCCUGCUAAGAAAGAUGGAGUCAGAUCUUCUUUGGAAAUCAAAUUCUGUUGCUGGAUUAUUGAGCAGAAGCUGGGAAAGGAAAAUAACUGUUUAUGUAGAAAUUUAUUUUUAUGGCAAUGUUUGUGGAUGUUACCAGCUAAUCUGUUAUCGGUUUGCUCCUUGUGAAAGCAUCAUUUUAAAGCUAAAAGGAAAACUCCGUUGCCACCGCUUUUGGUCUAUA